CCUGGACCACAUAGCAUCGCUGAGCCUUCCCACGAUGGCUGACCAUCCGACUUCACAGACUACUUUGGAUGCUGGCACGAACGCCACGCCUGCCGGCAACCCCACUCCGGGACCGGUUGAUGACACUGCUCCUGCCAGUGACUCGACUCCUGGCCCAGUGUCGAACCAUGGUGCCAUCGUUGUGGCUGAAGACGAUCUUACGGAUGAUACCGCCUCGGACAUCGCAACUAGUGUGUCAUCCUCAAGUGCAAGUUUGUCCAGUUCGAUUCUCCAACAUCGCCUGGAGAACGGAAGAACUUAUCACAAGUACAAGGAUGGAAAGUAUCUUUAUCCCAACGACGAGAAGGAAAACGAUAGGCUAGACUUACAGCACAACCUCUAUCUUCUCACCUUGGAUUACAAGCUGGGACUUGCUCCUCCCAAUGAACCAGGCUCCGACGUCAAGCGCGUUCUCGACAUUGGUACCGGCACUGGACUAUGGGCCAUCGAGUUCGCCGAAGAGCAUCCCGAGGCUGAAGUUCUAGGCGUCGAUCUCAGUCCACCCCAGACUGAAUUUGUCCCGCCUAACCUCAAAUUUGAGAUUGACGACGUCGAGCAACCUUGGACGUACAGUCGUCCGUUCGACUACAUACACAUCCGUGGCAUGACGUCAAGCGUCUCUGACUGGCAUGGGUUCUUCACUCAGGCAUACAAGGGCCUUACUCCUGGUGGCUACAUCGAGCUAUUUGAAGGCCACGCUCGUACCCAGUCCGACGAUGGAUCCCUGACUCCAGACCACGCAUUCUGGCAGUGGAGUGACAAACUCAAUGAAUGCUGCCAGGUUCUCGGUCGUCCUUUUGUUCACGUCCCCGAUCUCGUCCCCAUUUUAAAGGAGGUCGGCUUCGUCGACGUGACAAUUGUCCCGUACAAGUGGCCAGUCGGUCCCUGGGCCAAGGAUCCGUACUACAAAGAGCUUGGAGAGUGGGCUCUAGCCAACGCCUUUGAUGGCCUCGAGGCCUGGACUAUGGCUGCAUUCACCAGAGCUCUUGACUGGACAAGUGCUGAAGUCCAGGUCUUUCUCAUCCAGGUGAGAAAGGAUUUGAGAAACAGGAACAUCCACCAUUACACUCCAAUGUGGGUGAUCUACGCGAAAAAGCCGGAAGAUGAAGGCCAGCAGGAGGUUUCCACCGCAUAGACCCAGGGCUAAUUCACGUGGCUAUACGUCAUGCUUGGAUUUGGAUUUCCUAUCUCAGCCUUUUCAUCUUUCAUUGCUCAAAUCAUUCCUUCAACAAUACUAUAUUAUCGGUUUCGUAGAAUUGAACUCAAUUUUCUCCGGUAGACAGAAGCACAAAGAUGAUAAUGAAAUCACAAUGUUGUUUACAGGAGAGUCUAGUUACAGGAGAGUCUAGUUACAGAAGAGGCUAGUGCCCAAGCUAUCUUGAUCCAGGACGCUCUAAAAUCCGAGAUAUCUGGUGGAGUAAUCUGUCCUCGUACAAUUCUUGGCAACAAUAACCC